AAAUACUCGUAGCACUUGGGUUUUACUGCAGUUCCGGCAACAAUUGCCGCCGAACUGUCAAGAGAGGAAAACAUGUCGUUAUAGCUAUAUGCGGUUGCAUAUCUUAUUUUUCGCGUUUACGCCUCCGAAAAAAUGGUUUUAAUACCAAAAGAGUUACGGACUUGUGGUUUAAUAUUGUGUAUAUUAGUAAACGUGCACGCUUUGGUAAAUGCACCAACAAAACCAUGGAUUGUGUCGUUUAAAGUGGUAGAAAAAUUGUGCGUAGAAAACAAUUGUAAAUAUUUAUUAAAUGUGCGUGGUGGUGAGUUCUUGGGACAUUAUUCAUGGAGAUUAACCCCUAGUGAAGGCUUACGAGGCGGCAACUGUGAUGUGAUUAGUUCUAAUUACGAAUUGCGUAAAGUUAAGACUGAAGAAUGGAGAACUGAGAUAGAAAUGACCGUUCCUCAUGUUGUGGGGAAAAUAUACUUUUGCCUGCAUGAUACGGAGGGGAAAUUUCGUCCGUUUGGUGGAGAAUGGGUGCACCAAGGCACCGAAUUGUAUUUGGAUCCCAGAAGCGACGAGGCGUCGCGCUUUGUCGCAAUAACCUCAACAGACCUCAACCAGCAAGUCCAACAGUGGGACCUCACACACGACACAGACAUCAACUAUCUUCCCAACACUCCUGCCAAAGAAAAAGACGUCGAAAUCUUCAACAAAACCAAAAACUUUGAAACAAACCUAAUUAGAAGAAAACGAGAUAACUUUACUAAUCAAAGGACGAAAAGGAAUGUCACCGUGUCAGAUACUACGACAAAAGAGACAGAUGUUGACAUGGACUUUUACAAUGUUAAAACGGAUUGGGGUAAAAUAAAGAUUGAUGGGCUGAGAGUGGAGGAAGCUGAUAAGGAUCCGAAGAUUGUGAAUGGGAUUCCUAGUGUGCUGUCUGAUUCGAAAUUUACGUUGAGAUUAUUCGGACAAGGCUUUACCACUCGCACAGUGAUCGCGUUCACAGAGGAACCCCUGGAGUACGGCCAACCUUGCAAGUUCCUCGUCAAAAACGGAGAGUAUAUGGUAAUCCCAGAAUCGAUAGAGAAAGACCACGCAUCAGCCCUCUUCGAGGUGACCGCACCAGCUCACAUAACAGACGGGCACCUCUACAUCUGCGCCAAAAACCUUCGUCCAGGCAUCACCAGCCCGUCCAAAGACAAGGACAACCAUUUCCACCAGGGCACGGAGUCAUGGAAAAGAGUGGCUAUACAUCAGAAGCUGUUACCGCUCUGGGUGACUCUGACGCUGAUACUGAUAUGUCUGACGUUCUCGGCGCUAUUUUCUGGCCUGAACCUUGGGUUGAUGUCGCUCGAUCGCACGGAGUUGAAGAUCAUAUCUAACACUGGGACCGAACAGGAAAGGAAGUACGCCAGAGCCAUAAUGCCAGUCCGUGACCAUGGAAACUACCUCCUCUGCUCCAUUUUACUCGGGAACGUGGCUGUCAACUCCACCUUCACCAUACUUCUCGACGAGCUGACUUCUGGACUCUUCGCCGUUAUCUUCUCUACGCUAGCUAUAGUGCUUCUUGGAGAGAUUACUCCUCAGGCCAUCUGCUCAAGGCAUGGGCUGAUGGUUGGGGCGAGGAGCAUCGUCGUUACUAAGGGUGUGAUGGCGUUAACCGCUCCACUGGCGUUCCCCGUCAGCAAGAUCCUGGACUACCUGCUGGGUGAAGAGAUCGGGAGCGUGUACAACCGAGAGCGACUGAAGGAGCUCGUCAAGGUAACGACCGAGAUGAACGACCUCGACAGGGACGAGGUGAACAUCAUCUCCGGAGCCCUGGAGCUCCGCAAGAAGACGGUGUCGGACGUGAUGACCAAGCUGGAGGACGUGUUCAUGCUGCCCAUCACUUCGGUGCUGGACUUUGAGACCAUGAGCGAGAUUGUUAAGUCUGGCUACUCUCGUAUACCUGUGUACGAAGGCCACCGCGGUAACAUAGUGACGGUGCUCUUCAUCAAGGACCUGGCCUUCGUGGACCCCGACGACAACACGCCGCUGCGGACCCUCGCCCAGUACUACCAGAACCCCUGCAAUUUCGUCUUUGAGGAUGUCACGCUUGAUGUUAUGUUCAAGCAGUUCAAAGAUGGUCACAAAGGGCACAUGGCGUUUGUCCAUCGCAUCAACAACGAGGGCGAGGGUGACCCGUUCUACGAGACCGUCGGUCUGGUGACCUUGGAAGACGUCAUAGAGGAGAUGAUACAGUCGGAGAUCGUGGAUGAAACUGACGUGUUUAUGGACAACAGAACGAAACGCCGCCGCAACAAGCCAACCAACAAGCUGCAAGAUUUCGCGGCGUUCGCGGAACGGCACGAGAAUCAGCGCACGCACAUAUCGCCGCAACUCACAUUGGCUACCUUCCAGUUCUUGAGUUCUAGUGUGGAGGCGUUCCGUCCCGAUACAGUAUCGGAGACUGUGCUCCGCCGUCUCCUGAAGCAGGACGUGAUACACCACAUCAAGCUAAAGGGCAAGAGUAAAAAGGACACCAGCACUUACGUCUACCAGCAGGGGAAGCCCGUGGACUACUUCGUGCUAAUCCUGGAAGGUCGCGUGGAGGUGACGGUGGGCCGCGAGAACCUCGUGUUCGAAGCUGGACCCUUCACAUACUUUGGCGUGCAGGCCCUAACGCAAAACAUCGGUGUUGCCGAAUCUCCAACCCCAUCAGCCAUGGGCAGCCUCCAAAACAUCAACAUGGACUCCAUGCUGCGCCACACUUUUGUGCCUGACUACUCGGUCCGAGCAACAACCGAGUUGUUCUACCUGACAGUCAAGAGGGCACUUUACCUGGCUGCCAAACGAGCUACCUUAAUGGAGAAGGGAGCGCUAUCUAAAGGCGCUACUAAUGAUCAGUUAGACAACGAAUUGGAUAAAUUGCUGCAAUCAGUUGAUGAGGAUAUAAGCAUCAGUGGGGAACACAAGACUCCAUCAAGACAGGUAUCCCCCAACCCCCUCCCCGUGUCCGCGUCCCCGCACACGCGCUCCUCGUUCGCCGCCCGCACGGACGUGUGCUCCCCCGAGCGGAACGGGGACUACGUCGGCGCACGCGACGAACAGGAGAAGCUACUCCAAUGACCGGAUAUUCAACCUUGUGGUGAUAGCAGUAAGAGCGAUCUGGCUAUUGUUGUUACUUACGACCUUUAAUUACUUAGCGAUAUUCAAACGUUCGUCACAGGUAGUAUUGCGAUCAUGUAAAGAAAUUUUACGUGAUGAACAAUUUCGCAACUAUGUAGUUACGAAAAAGAUAACUCGCUCGUGUCUCGCUCUGACUGCUACCCGAAUGGAACGGAGUCUACCUAGAUCGGAGCACGCGACGAACAGAAGAAGCUAUUCAAAUGACCGGAUAUUCAACCUUGUGAUGAUAGCAGUAAGCGCGAUCUGGCUAUUGUUGUUACUUACGACCUUUAAUUACUUAGCGAUAUUCCAACUUUCGUCACAGGUAGUAUUUUACGAUGUGAACAAUUUCGCAACUAUGUAGUUACGAAAUAGAUAACUCGCUCGUGUCUCGCUCUGACUGCUACCUGAAUGGAACAGGGUCCACUUAGAUCGGCGCACGCGACGAGCAGAAGAAGUUGACCGGAUAUUCAACCUUGUGAUGAUAGCAGUAAGAGCGAUCUGGCUAUUGUUGUUACUUACUAAAAGAAUAAUAUUAUUUUUAUGCUAAGAUAUUAUGUUAAAACUAAAAACUACAAACCACAUUGUGAUUGCGUUGAGAUAAUGCAACCCCACAGUGGAGUCGGCCACCCUUCGGCGAAAACUUGUUGAAGGUUCGACACGUUCGGAGACGUUCAGUCGGAACGAGUGUCGAGAUUCCAACUGAAUAAUCAAUCAAUCUUAACAACCUAUCGAUUCGAAUCAAUUUUAAAUGCAACGCAGUUGGCUAUAGUAGUUACUUGAGACGCGAAUGGGAGCAUGAUCAUAGUAUAAGUAUGUUAUCUUCAUACAAAUGCACCGCGCGCGACUUGUAUGUGUGCGCCAUAAGUAUCUAUGCGUCGCCGCACGC